AUGAAUCACUCUCUUCACUUUCUCCUCUUCUUUCUCCUUCUAACCCAAGCGUCUUCCCUCCGCUUCUCCCCGUCUCAACCCAACCUAACCCUCUACGGAGACGCCUUCUUCCGCGGCCACACAAUCUCCCUCACUCACCAACAGCCCUGUUUCCCCACACCUUCCCCUCCCAACUGCUCCUCCUCAGGCCUCGGACGCGCACUCUACGUCUACCCCAUCAAGUUCCUAGAACCCUCCACCAACACAACCGCUUCUUUCUCCUGCCGCUUCUCCUUCACCAUCAUCUCCUCCCUUUCUUGCCCCUUCGGCGAUGGCUUCGCCUUCUUGAUCACCUCGAACGCAGAGUCUUUCACCUUCUCCAACGGCUUCUUGGGUCUCCCCGACCCGGUUCUAGACCCGCACGGCUCCUUCAUCGCCGUCGAGUUCGAUACUUCCUUCGACCCGAGUCACGGAGACAUCAACGAUAACCACGUUGGUAUCGAUGUGAACUCAGUAGUCUCCGUUGCUUCCGUUGACGCGGUUUCGAAAGGGAUUGAUCUUAAGAGCGGGAGGGAGAUGAAUGUGUGGAUUGAGUAUAGCGACGUACUCAAACUCAUGAGAGUUUGGGUUGGGUACUCACGUGUUAAGCCCAAGAAGCCAGUUUUGUCUGCGCGGGUUGAUCUCGCGGGGAAGUUUAGAGAGUACAUGCACGUGGGGUUCACUGCCUCUAACUCAGUACUUGGUUCAGCGUUUCAUAUCGUUGAGAGGUGGAAAUUUAGAACCUUUGGGUCUCACCCUGAGGCGAUUCAAGAAGAUGAUGAUUGGUUGGUUUGCUUUGAGAAUCCUGGGAAUGGUCGUCACCGUUAUGGUUUGGAUGUUAGGGUUUCGGUUGUUGGGUUAAGGAUACCGUUUUGGAGUCUCUUACCUGGUUUAGCUGCUGUUGUGGUUCUCACUGCGUUUAUUGCUUACUCGUUGAUUCGAGGGAAGAGGAGGGUUGUUUGUGAAGGAGGAGGGAUGACUAGAGUCCCGGGAAGAUUAUCUUUGUCUGAGAUAAAGUCUGCGACUUCGGGGUUUAACGAGAAUACUAUCGUGGGUCACGGAGCUACAGCAACUGUGUAUAGAGGCUCCAUUCCUACGGUUGGAUCAGUGGCUAUAAAGCGUUUUGAUCGGGCUCAUUGGCCGCAGUGUAACCGUAACCCUUUCACCACGGAGUUUACUACAAUGACGGUUCUUCCGGCAAGGAGGCCUUUGCUGAGGAUACAGUUGACUUCAGAGGCGGAGGCAAUGAUUGCUGAUAGUUUGGUUCGGGAUGAACUUCCUUGGAUGACGCCAAAGUCACACUUUUAG